AUGGCGGCAAAUAUACCUGAUGAUAAUGAUCUUCUCCCUCCUGUACAGGAAAGUACAGGAACUUCUGUAUAUCCUCAAGUCAUUGAAAAACUGAAGUUACAAGAGUAUUACCCCAAAGGUUUAACUCGUGAAAAAGCGCUAGCAGUUCAGGAAUAUCAAAUUUCAACCGACGAUCUCAAGGAUCCUGGCAAGAUUCCUUGGUUUAUUUUGCAAAAUAUAAUGAUGUAUAACUAUGAAGGCAGGUGUUUUGAAGUUAGCCAAAAUCUACCAUCGACUGCUGGAAUGGGGGACUCGUUUUCAUUUUCGGAAAGCUGUUUAGAUGAAACAGACGUCUGCUACGACACUGGACGCAUCAGUCCCUUAGACGCCAUGGUAGCUCUUUUUUUGUGCUGUGAUGAUUUCCUGAGACAAAGUUUAGUAGAAAAAAUGUCUAUCUGUCAGCUUGCCAUUCCACUGCUAUUGCCAAUCAACACCAAUCCAAAUGAAAUUGAAAUGCUUUUAUGGGCGAUGAGUACGUUAACUAAGCAAUGGAAACGUUCAGGAGCAUCAUUUGAGCGAUCAAUGGCCGUGCAUCCUUUACCGAUCAUAUCCGCAAUUCGCGUAGGAAGGCCUCAGUUAUCAAAAUCCAAAAUACUCAACCAUGUUAUAAGCGAUCUAAAACAUGACAUUUUCUUCCAUUAUGAAUGCGAUGGAGGUAAUCUGAAAAGAAACAUUUCAAAUGGUUUACUAGAAAUUUCGUGGUAUCGUCCAACUGGAAAAAUCCACGAAACUAUACAUGAACCGCUCACCUUCAUCAAUUUAAGAGGAAAUGCAUCUGAACUUGAAAGCCAAACACGUUUUAUAUCGGAAAUAUCACUUGCAACUAUAGCCUUCACGUCUUCAGAUAAUCAAAAGAAAGAAGACCUCAUUUUAUUUGAAAAAUUGUACGAGCAAAAAGGCCACUUGAUUCUUGUAGUCGAUGGAAAACCUGGAAAAUGUUUAAAAGAAUCACUUAUCUCAUUGGAGCAAAAAUGCGCUAGGAUAAAGGAUAAGCAAGUAGGGUGCAUUAACUCUUUAAAUAAACAUGAUGUGCAAAUAAGUAAGGAUAUCAGAAGAUUGCUAAAAGACAUCUGUGAAGGAAAUGGGCGUUGUAUUGUACCUGAUAAAUCUAUUGAUAUGUGUGUUGAAUUUGCGGAAAAUAAUUGUUUUAAAAUCGACGACCGAACACAGGAGUGUUUUACAGGAAAAUCUAUUGCACAUAUGAUGAUAGGUGGUAUAAAACCGAUAGAGAAAGAAAAACAGCUACCUUUGCAAAAGAUUGCAAUAAAAAUUAGAAAGAAGGAGAAGGAACGGUAUUUGUUGGAACACAAAGAAGACAUGCAAAUAGAGGAUUACAAUGACAAAAUAGACUCUGACAUAUUGUGUUUGCGUAAUGAGCAAAAAAACAUAUUCGACCGAAAUCCUGAGGUAAUAAAGCUAUUCAACAGGUCUUAUGCCUAUCGAGAAGUAGAGAGAAAAUAUUUUCAUAGCUACCUUAAGAUGAUAUUAGGCAGGUACGGCAUUGACCAACUUCACCCUAUACGACAGGAAUACAACUGCAAAUGGAAAACGUUUUGUGAUAUACGAGAGAAUCCAAACACUGAAAUUCAAGAAUUAACAUCAAGGAAAAGAGAACUAAAUGAUCUCGAAAGUAAGAUUUCUAAACUUUCAUUGGGCUUAGAACACUUCAUUAGAGAGAUGGGGCAAAUAUACGAAAUGAAAUCAGAUUUGAAACUACUGGAUGAUUCAACUCGUCAAUUUGCAUAUGUUGCAGCUGAAAUGUUACUUAAUGGUCAUCCCUUGGAAUUGAUGGAUGGUGACGCGUCACGUGUUCCCCUAACUUGGAUUGGAGCUGUUUUGACGUCCCUUACAGAAAUAAUCGGUAGUAAACGAUUGUUUGUGUUGUCAGUGCUUGGUUGCCAGAGUAGCGGAAAAUCAACUAUGCUUAAUGCAAUGUUUGGUUUGCAAUUUGCUGUAAGUGACGGUAGGUGUACUAAAGGUGUGUUUGCACAAUUGGUGACAGUGGACACAUCUUUACAAGAAAAUACAGGAUGUGACUACAUCUUGGUUGUUGAUACGGAGGGACUAAAUUCUCUGGAAUUAGCAGACGACCGUACUUCUUACAUCCGUGACAAUGAAAUGGCUACUCUUGUGAUUGGUUUAGGUGAUGCUACAAUUAUUAAUAUCAUGGGCCAAAAUUCAGCGGAAAUGCAAGGCAUUCUAGAGAUUGCUGCUUUCGCUUUAAUAAAAAUGAAGUGUGUAAACAUUAAACCAAGCUGUUUGUUAGUACAUCAGAAUGUCACAGAUGUUACAGCAUCUAACAUGAAUAUCACUCAAGUACGAUCAUUACAAAAAAUAUUGGAUGAAUCCGUAAAAUUUGCGGCAAAAACACAAAACUGUAGUCACAUAUACAAAAGAUUUUCUGAUAUAAUUCAAUUUCAGGAAACUAAACACGUGAUGUACGUUUCUAGCCUCUGGAAAGGAGAUCCACCAUUAGCACCUCCUAAUCCAGGCUAUAGUGAAUGUAUCCAGAAUGUAAAGAGACAGAUCAUGUGCUUCUUGCGAACUUCACAUCUUAAAGAAGUGAAAGAUUUCGAACAAAGGCUUUCGGAUCUCUGGAAAGCAAUUCUCAGCGAGAAUUUUGUGUUCAGUUUUACGGAUAAUAUCGCUAUUCAGGCUUUUAGUGCUCUGGAAUUGGUAUACUUGGAGCAUUCUCGGAAACUAAGGAGAAACGCAAUGACCUACAGCGACAAUCUUCAGACAAAGUGUAAUAUACUGUCAGCUAAUGAUAUAGAGAACCAAGGUAAAACAAUACUACAACAGCAAACCGAUAAAUUCAACGAAGAUGUAACAACGUUCUGUACGAGACUGGAGGAGUAUUUCUCAAAACAUUCAAAGGCUUGUCAAUGGAAGGGUAAGACAGAAAUAAAGAGAGAUGAACUAUGUGUAACUUUAAGAAAAGAAAUCAUAGAUGAAUUUCAAUCUAUAAAAAAGAAUAUCAUUGGAAGAGCUGAAAUUGACUCAAGAAAAAAACAAAAUGAAAAAGAUAUCUUAGAAAAGGCUAAAACCCUGGCUGACACAUUCCGAGGUAAAAAGUUAUCAGUAGCAGAACUGAAAAGAAAGUUUGAUGAUGAAUGGAAGAAAUGGAUUGAUGUUAUACCCUGUUUCGAAAAGAACAUCAAUAUAGAAGUAUCUCUUCAAAAUAUAUUUCGAUCAGAACGUAGAAUGUUCGACAGGGACGUAACACGUAUGCUUCGUAAAACAUCCAAUAGAUCAGUUUAUUCUUCAAUAAUGGUAGCCGAGGAAGAUUUAGAUUUUGGCUCUUGGUUUGGAAGAGGGGUUAAAAGGAUUUGGGGUCGCAACUUUAGUAAAAAUACAUGUAUUGACAAAGCAGAGUCAAUUGCAACAACAUUGCGAUCGAGCGUAAUUGAACGUAUUUUGAGUCACGGUCAUGAUGGUAACAACUAUAGUGAGAUAUUUGGAAAUGAUUUGUUUGAUUUCAUAACAGAAAGCUUGACAAAUGUAACGAUAGAUGGUGGGGUUAAUUUUAGAGACAUCGGGAAGCAUCGGGUAGCGAUGUGUAUACUCUGGUCGACCUUACCAAAGUUAAGGCAGUUAAACAUGAAGUACUGUCAGGCAAAUGACAUGAAAUUAUACAUGGAAAAUACACAAAAGGUCAGAUUGUGGGAAAUGUUCAAAGAUGAAUGUAUGGCGGUAGAAAUAAGCAUCAAAGCUGCCUCUAUGGUAUCUCGAGAGUUGGAAAGUGCCAUUCAAAUUUCUCUUCCAAGCAAGUGUAAACAUGGAGUGCUUGAGAAAACUAAAAGUGGAGCAUUUGCAAAUAAGAUGGCAUUUCAUGCACAGCUCUUAAUUGAACUGGCGAAUAAAAAUUGUUUUGAUUCUUACAGAGCUUACUUGCCGAAUCCAUACCAGUGUAUGGACACCUAUAUUGGAGAAUGUAUACACAACGUAUGUGAAGGAACAACGAAAAAUGGGAAAACCGUUUUAGAAGAAAUAUACUAUGACAAAUUGAACAGUCUUUAUGCCAAUGCAGAGCAAGCAAUUAAUGACACAUGUAAACACUACCAAGGUAAAUGUAAGAUUACUGUUUGGUGGCCAAAAUUAGUCGAAAAAAUCAGCCAAGACCUGGAUGUUAAACAAGAACUAAGAUUUUUUAAUGAAGAUGGUUGUUUUGAUGUGGACGAUUUUAAGGAGAGGUUACUAAGUAAAUUACAGGAAUCUAAAAAUAAUAUCAUGAAAUUAUUCAAAGGUGUUUAUAUUCUAGACGCCAUACUCGAGCCAUGUCGAAAGUUUUUAAAAAACGAUCUUCUUGGAUGCCAUGAGUUAUGUAUAUUUUGCAAAACACCAUGUGACUUACAACUUGGUAACAAUGAUGAACAUCGCACACGUUAUCAUCGACCCCAAGGAGUGUCUGGGUACCAUAAUUUGGCAACUAAAAAACUUGUUACCAACGUUUGCACAACAAAUGUUAUGUCGACAAAUGCAACGUUCGUAUGUGAAGAAACUAACAGGAUACCACACCUUUAUUGCGACUACCAAAGUGUUAAUGAAUACUACAAAACCUGGAAGAUCCAGCCAGUGGCACGUCAGUCACAGCUGUACUGGAAAUGGUUUAUGGCAACCUACAAUAACGAUCUUGCUGGUUACUACGGUUGUCAGCCAGCUGAUAUUCCAGAUGGAUGGAAGCAAAUUACAUUGGAUUUGGCAAUAGCAGAAUUGAAAAAAACGUACAAUCUUUAA